AUGUCUUUAUUUAUUAAAGGUAGAAAUGCAUUAAAUUCUAAUUAGGUUUAUCAAAAUGUGAUGUAUUUGGUUAGACAAUUACAUUAAGAAUGAAUAAAUAAAAUUUUUAUAAGACUGCUUUUGGAGGAUGUGUAUCUCUUGUUUUAUUUUUUACAAUGCUGUUGAUUUUUUCUCAAAAUUUAAUCUCAUUUUUGAACAAAGAAAAUUUAACUGCUACAGUAUUAACAACAUUUGAAGAAUUUCCAUCUUUGGCUACUUUGAAUGACAAUACUUUUGCAUUUGCUAUCCAGAUUGAAUAAAAUAAUUUCAUUCAAAACCCUUUUUUUAAUAUAUAAGUUGAAUAGAAGCACAUAACUAGAUUUUUAAAUGGAUCGAGAUUUGAAAAUUCUUCAUAACUUAUUCUUAUUCCAUGCACAUUAGAUAGAUUUUCUAAUAUUUUUAAUUAAUAUGGUGUUAAUAUAACAAAAUAAUUUUAUGAUUUGGAUCUCUAGAAUUUCUUGUGCUUCAAGUAAUAAUUCAAAUUUAAUUUAGUUAUAAUUCCACAUUUUCUAUACAAGGUACUAAUUCAAGUAAUUAUAAUCAAAUAAUUUAAAGAUUAACAAUUUUAGUAUUUGAAAAUUUCAGUAAAUAAUUGUGUUACAAAUAAAUCAUGUGCUUCUGACGCGGAACGAUAAAAUGAAAUCUAAAAGAAUGGGUCAUUUAAAUUAAAACUUUACACAGUCAAUUAAGUUUACUAAAUUUCCAUAUAUUUAUUAGAUAUUAAAUCCAUAAAAUCCAGAUGAUUAAUAUUUGUAAACUUUUAUAGACGAUUCAUUCUAUUUAAAAUUUUUACCUUCAGAUGUAUUCAAAACAGUUGAUGUUUUUUUAAAAGAAUAUGAAGUAUAAAAUGAUCUCAGUUUAACUCCAUUUAGUGAUAUAGCAUUGUCAAAAUUUUAUAUCUUAGAUUAAUCAGAAAUAAAGGAAAGAAUAGAAUUUUAAUCUAAAACAUCAAAUGACAUCGCUGCAAUAUACUUUAGAAAAAGUCCUUAUAAAACAUCUAUUUACAGAAGCUACUUAAAAAUAGAUGAACUAUUAUCGAAUUUAGGAGGAAUUUAAUAGAUUUUCUUUUUUUUCCUAGGAAUUAUAUUAUCACUUUAUAAUAGAUUUUAAUGUACGAUAUUUAAAUUAUUGUAGUACUUGUAGAAUUAGCAAACAAAUUAUAUGAAUUUUCAUUGAUUCAUUUGUAACAUGAAAAAAUUCAAGAAGAAAAUUUAGAAUAAAUUAAUCAUUUAACAACGGAAAGAUAAGAAGAAUUAAGAACUAGAAGAUUAACUGAUUAAGAAUUAGAAAUUAAACUUGUUAAUCCAACCUAAAUUAAGUAGAAGGAAAAAAAUGGAAUUUUAAAAUUUGGUUUUAAAUAAAAAGAAGCUGAAUAAGAAAUUAAUGACCAAGAUGAUGAUAAUAAAAAUAUUAAAGAAGUUCAGAAAAAAUUUUAGAGAUCAUCAACAAGAUUAAUUAAGAAUCCUUUUGCAAAUAAAAUUAUACCUGAAAAUGGUCUAUAAUAUUUCAAAUAAUAAAUUAUCACAAUAAUAAAUAGAUCUUAACCAGUUUUAUUAAGUUUUAGUAUGAUUAUAAAUUUCAUUACUUGUAAUCGUUGUUGUUCAAAUAAAAAAAAUAUUUAAUUAAUGAAUAAAGCUAUGUAAAAAUGAAGUUUCAUUUUAGAGAUUAAAUAACCGAUUAAAUAGAUUUAUUUAAUAUACUUACAAAAUUGAAUGAAUUAGACAAAAUUAAAGAAGUUAUUUUUACACCUGAAUAAUUAUUAAUGUUUAAUUUUACUCCAAAACCAAUGAUAUCUCUAGAUAUGACUAAAAAAACAAUUAAUAGAUCUUAUUUUGAAUAGAGAUCUAAAUGUGAUAUAGAAUCUGAGUAACAAAAACAUCUAUUUGUAGGCCUCAUGAAAUAAGAUAGAAAAAAUCAAUACCUAUUUAAAGAGGAAUGCAUUUAAGAGGAGAUGCUUAAUUGUAUUAGGAUAUAUACAAUGUAAAGUUCUAUAUAUAAAUAGGCAUAUGAUGAAGUUCUCUAAGAUUAAGAAGAGAAUAUUAUCAAUAAAUAACUUAUUAAAAAGUUAGGUCCUGAAGUUUAAGCUAUAUUUAAACUAUCAAAAUUUAUUGAUCAAUAAAAACUCUCUGCAAGAUCUUAAAAAAGGAAAAUUUUAUUAUAAUACAAUGAAUCUCCUAGUAUCGAUUGA